AUGGAUGUGGAAUCAACAUUUCAUUUCGUAAAGCAAUAUGAACAUAAUUUUCUUUCGUCUUCUUCUUCCCAUUCCUCCAUAAGGUUAAUAAUGAACGAGUUUGACCCAGAGUUGGAUUUUGCACAGUUCUUGGAGGAAGCAAAAACAAAUGCAUUAGAAGAAGGUCGAAAGGAUUCAAAGGAAAAAACAAAGGCUAAAAGAUCAUGGAAAGCUUCUAUUUUUUCAUGGAUGAAAGCCAACAAGAAAGAGGAACAACAACAACUAACGAUAAAAACCGAAUACAGAAACCCCACAAGAAGACAAGGGUAUGUUUCAGGCCCAAUAAAUGGGGUCAAAAGCUGCAAAACUCAACGACUUAAACGACAAAGUUCAGGACCUUUAUCGGGUCUAUUUUAUCAAAGAACGAAAAUGGAAGAGUUUGAGAUGCCAUAUACAUCACUAGGGAAGCUUAAUAAAAGUCCUGAGAAUCUUUCAAAUUAUGGUCCUGUAUAUUUGGUGACAUAGUGAAAAUAUAUCAAAGUCAGAUUCGAUGAAAUUUGUAAUCUUUUAUAUAUCUUUAUUUUGGAAUUUUGAUGGGGUUGAGAUAAUGAAAGGUUAGUUUUGGUGAUUAUAGUGAGUCAACUCUCUGGAUUCCACACGUAACAAUGUAACCGUUGCUUGCAAGCAAUUCAAAUUUACUCAUUCGUAUAGCUAAAAGAGGGUAAUUUUCGAUU